AUGACAUCAAAAAUUAAAGGAUAUCUAUCUGUUUGUGGUACGGCUUGUGUGUACUUUGCUAUGGGUUUGUACUUCAGUUCGGGUAAUACAGCCGUAUAUCUGACUUCAUAUUUAAGAUAUCACAGCAAAGCUGACGUACAGUUAAGUGAUUCCAUUUGGUUUCUGGCGGCCGUUGGACUCUCGGCUCUUAUCCUUCCCUUCGGAGGAAUGCUUUACAGUGUCAUCGGUUUGAGAGCCGUUUGCUUAAUAGGAGGACUCCUUCAAAGUGUUGGCAUAUUAUCCACAUAUUUUGCUUUGGAGACUACCUUUCCAUUUGUGGUCAUUUGCUAUGGCGGCAGCUUUUUGCUCAGUUGUGGCAUUUGCUACACACCACCGCUCGCUAAUAUUAACAAGUGGUUUCCCGAUAAUAAGGGUCUCGUUACUGGUGUAGUGGCCGCAGCAAUGGCUUCGGCGCCAACGUUAUGGACGCCAUUGAUCACAACUUAUGUCAAUCCAAAUAAUAUAUCUCCCGAUGCUAACGGAUAUUUCAUUGAUCUGGAAGUACUGUCACGAAGUCGUCAAUCAAUGCUUUUGCAAGGAUUUGUUACAUUAAUACUGUUUAUUAUUGGAGUUAUUCUCCUAUUUCCUGCACCGACAGCAAACAAAUCGGAUAAAGAGUCGUUUGCCAACAAUUCAGUGGUUUAUAUAAAGAAAGAAGUAUUCAAUCAAAAGAUGUCUCACUUGUCCAGUGAAGAAGGUUUGACUCCAAGACAGGUCAUUGCAACCAAAGAGUUCAUAUUAUUGUCAACAAAGAUAAUGCUUACGGAACUCGUCUUCUUUUAUCUUCUCUUCGUUUAUAAACCGUUCGGUCAGACCUUUAUAUCGGAUGACUUAUUCCUAUCCUUUGUCGGCGCUUCGGCUGCCGUUUGCAAUAUGUUUUGUCGUAUAGUUGUCGGUCACAUCAAAGAUCUGACCACUUAUAAAAUUUGUUGUAUACCAUUGAGUUGUUUGGCAACAAUACUUGUCGUGGCCUUACCGUUAACUCCAUACGCGCACCGUAUGGUAUAUGCUGUUUGUAUGGUUGCCGCUGUCGGUAUAGUUGGUUCUCAGUACGCACUAAUGCCAUCAGCGGUUAGUGAAGCUUUCGGUGAGAAGUUUGCCAGUAUUAACAUUGGACUCGUCUAUAUGUCGACUGUGAUAGCAGAUAUUGCCGGUGCUUUUGCUUCACAAUAUUUGACGACCACAUUAGGCUGGGAAGGGAUGAUUGCAUUGGUUGGUGUCUGUGCUUUCAUUGAUUUUAUGAUAACAUUUCUAUUACCUGAUAACCAACGAUUAUUAUUAAUUAAAAGACUUGAGAUAAAUAAAGACAAUAAAGCGAUUAAAAAUAAGACAAAUUGUGUGUUUCCCACUGAAAUCGUCUAUAACUGUAAUACUAACGAUAUCUUAACGGCCACUCGGAGGACAAGUAUUUCAAAGCCUUCUUUAUAUAAAACAUUUGACAAUACCUGUGAAGCGACACGUCUUUAA